AAUAAUAAUAACAAUAAUAGUAGUAGUAGUAAUAAUAAUAGUAAUAAUAAUAAUAAUAAUAGUAAAAACGAGUUCGCGCAUGACAUUGCAAAGGCUUCUUCGUCAUUCACUGUUCGUCAUGCACACUUACUUCCAUGUUUCUCUAAACCUUUGAACACUUUUCCAACAGCAUGUAAAUUAGGGCCAAUGCACGUCAGUCUGUCCUCGACGAAGAGAAUCACGUGGCGUCCCUUCACACUCCUCCGCCAGCCAAGGAGAGCGUCCCUCUGUUUCCAUCUCCGGAGAAAUAACUCCAGGAAUCCGGAGACGUCCCUGAAGAAGGCAAGCUCGGUCGAAGGAGUCUUGGUCGAGGAGGAGCCUGAGUUUUCCCAGAGCGAGGUGGCCGCCGUGUCUUAUAUACGGAGAAAGAGCGAAAGUCUUCUUGCCUUCAGCACAUGGUACCCCGAGUGCGGCGGCGUCAGCGGCAGCACCAUGACCACGCCCUCGGGCAUCUCCAUCACUCUCGGCGCCCCCAUACCCGCCCACCCUCACGCGCCGCACCCACUCAACCCCCACCCGCAGCUGCACGCCCACGGCCCCGGCCCGUCCACCAGCAUCGCGCCCAACCCGAGCAGCAGCGCGGGCGGCUCCCCCACCCACACCACCUCCCCCAUCACCUUCACGACGCUCACGGCCGGGGCGCUGAAGAGGAAGCAGAGGAGAUACAGGACGACCUUCACCAACUUCCAGCUGGAGGAGCUCGAGAGGGCCUUCCACCGCACGCACUACCCCGACGUCUUCUUCAGGGAGGAGCUGGCCAUGCGGAUUGACCUGACGGAGGCCCGGGUGCAGGUCUGGUUCCAAAACCGGAGGGCGAAAUGGCGUAAGCAGGAGAAACUGGCGGUGAAGCAUCAGCAGGCAGCAGCGGCUCAGCAGAUAGCGGCAGCCCAGCAGAUGACGGUGGUUCAGCAGGCGUCGGUUAACCAGCAGGGAGUGAACACGACGCCGCUGGCAGUGAACAAACAUGAGCAGGAGACUCCUAGUUUGUCCUCGAUACCACCAGUCACCACGUCACCGGAAGUUACGUCAUCGUCUGUCGCCCCGCCCACCACACCGCCCACUAACUCUCAGGCGCAGUCCUCCGGCCACCAUCUCUCCUUCGGAUCCACGUCGCCGAGCGUGUCCUUGCCUUACUUGGGGAUGGAAUGGGCGUCUCCCUUCACGUCGACGCUGUCCACGCCCCCGCCGCCCACCACGCCCACUUCGCACUCCCCGACGCUGCCGCCCGCGCCCUCGCCCGUCCUCGCCAACCCGUACUACCUGGGUGUCCGCCCACCGGACAUCGAGACCGCCGAGGACGAAAAGCCGCCCAUGCUCGGCCAGUCCUUCACGCCCACCGGACUGUCCUUCUCCGCCUGCCUCACGCCCACGAGUCUGAGCCUCACGCCCGCCAGCCUCCCCCUGGCCCCCUCCACCAUCGCCCUGCCGCCCUCGAGCCUCUCCCUGUCGCCCAACACGCUCAGUCUCACGCCCACGACGCUCCCGAUCACGCCCACCACCCUGUCCUUGUCACCCUCCAGUCUCAACCUCACGCCCACCAGUUUAUCGCAGUUGAGGAUGCGCGCGCGCGAGCACACCUCCUCCUUCAUCAACCUGGGCUCGGAAUGA